GGCCGGCCGGCCAUGCCCAAGCCGCCCGACUACUCGGACCUGGGCGACCCCUCAGCGCUCGCCGCGGCGCCAGGAAGACUCUCGGGACCGCUGCACAGAGCAUGGAGAAUGAUGAAUUUCCGUCAGCGGAUGGGAUGGAUUGGCGUGGGGCUGUAUCUCUUAGCAAGCGCAGCGGCGUUUUACUAUGUUUUUGAAAUCAAUGAGACUUACAACAGGCUGGCCUUGGAACACAUUCAGCAGCACCCAGAGGAGCCCAUCGAAGGAACCACAUGGACACACUCCCUGAAAGCGCGGUUACUCUCCUUGCCGUUUUGGUUCUGGACAGUUAUUUUCCUGAUACCUUACUUACAGAUGUUCUUGUUCCUUUAUUCUUGUACCAGAGCUGACCCCAAAACGGUGGGCUACUGUAUUAUCCCCAUAUGCCUGGCAGUCAUCUGCAACCGCCACCAGGCACUGGUCAAGGCGUCUAAUCAGAUCAGCAGACUACAACUGAUUGACACGUAAAACCAGCCACCGUUUUCCCUCAUGAUUACAGAACUGCCGGUCCUAUGUGGAGCCUAAUCACAAGACGGCAGCUUCUUCACAGAUCUCAGGAAGUUGUGCUGGGUCAGAAGGUUUUUUAAAAAUGUGACCAGGGGGCUAUCUUUAACAGAAUAAUAAUGAUUUUUAGGUAAAGCCUGAGAUGCAGUGCUACAAAAUCAUGUCGAUGGCUUCAGAUUUUGGAAGUAAAAUCGUGUCUGUUAUUUGCAUUCUUUAGAAACUUGAAUAAGUAUCUGAAUUCCUAUUUUUAUCCUACUGUGCAACAUAGUGAUUCAGAAAUUUUUCCUUUGGGGAAAACAUGAAUAUGAACAUUUCCAUUGUGUUUAAUGUAAAAAGGUCCAAACAUGGUCAUAAAAUUUAAAUUUUAUACAAUCGCCUGGCUUGCUUUAAAAUUCUUUAAAACACCAGUUCCUUCUAUUGUAGUUACGCCCACUGUGCUUGUUACCAGCUCGUGAGGGACUGACAGAAAAUCACUGAGGUGCUGGGGGUCUUGACAAGCAGGACUUGUCCUUUUGGUAAUGCUGCUGGCAGGAUUAACUAGCAUCACUUAAGCUCCUAGUUCAAAAAGCACUUGGGAAGAGACUAGAUGUUUGGAAGCGGAGACAUCUGGCUCACGGAAGACGGAAAUGAAGAGCGACGCUCUCUGAAAAGCAGCGCGUGUGCGUCCUGUUCUUUCUGGUCCAAGGUCCAGUCUUCAGAGACAGGUUCACUGCGUGAAGCUGUGAGCUUCUGCUUCCUCCUUGGCACUUGUACUCACCUACCUCAUGUCUGGCACCAAUAUAAAUCACUAAAAAGUGGGGAAAGAUUUUAGGAUUUUGUUUUUCUGGGUGAGAUCAAGACAUUUUUAUAGUCAUGUCAUUUAAACCAGGGAAAUGCUUUGUACCGGCUGAUUUUGGUAACUUUUUGGUGUUUAUUCUUGGACCCGGUUCUAAGAGCUUUCUAUAAAUUAACUUAUCUGAUCUUCCCAACAACCCUAUGAGAUAGCCAUUAUUUGGAUUGUACAGAUAAGAAGACAAGUAACUUGCCAGAGGUCACACAGCUGGAAGUGGCAGAGCUGGAGUUCUAGCCAGCUGACACCUUCGUCCCUGACCAAGGAGAUGCAGUGCUUUUCACAAAUGACACGUUUCAGCACAGGGCACUGUCUGGCUACCCCGCCAAAGAAAGUAACAGGCAGCAUGAUGGAUAAAGGGUUCUCUCAAGUUGCACGACCUACUGAGAAAUCUCAAAGUUUUCAAGCAACCUUAACCUUUAAGUCUGAUCUGAGCAGAAAGGAAGUUGAGCAUUUCACAGCAAGCUUUUACUUUCUUGAAAGAUAAAGCAGGUACCUUGUAACUCAAACAGCAAGAUGAGAGCCUUUCCCACUUUACCUCCAAAGGUCUAGUUGCUGAAAUCAUUUAUUUUUGCUUCAAAACACUGAUUUCAAAGUAACAGUUUGAAAUACCUGUUUUUCUGGGAAGGUUACAUAACCAAAUCACUUUUGAGUACUUACUGACUGAAUGCAGGCAAGGUUUUCAGAGGGAGUGACAUUCAUUCUUCCAAGAGAUGUGAGGCAUUUUACAGAAGAGGAAAAUGAGGAAACCGUAAUUCAUAACAUGCCCAUGGAAGAGCCAAGAUUUGAACCUAGGAUUUCUGACUUCAGAUCUCCAGCUCUUUAUUCAAUUGUACUCACUUAAAAAAGAAAAAAGGGUAAUUUGAGGAAAGUAACUGAGCAGUUUCCUGUUCUUAUUAAUCUGAGGCAGUGACAGUUUGGAAAUGAUUUAAUUAAUUGAUUUUUUUCAGAUACUUGAUAAGAUGCAGGGUUUGCGAGUUUGCCACUUGAAUUCCUUUUUUUGAAGUACUCUUUCUCAUGCUUCAAAUUCUAGUAUUUUCGUAUUUGGUCAUCUCAUAUUCCCUUAAUAGUGGAAACAUUAAGGGAGUAAUGCAGUGUUUCCAAAUCUAAUUAUGAUCUUUCAGAUUUAGGGGUAAACAGGUUGAUUAUUGAGGAAUUAACCAAGUUGUGGAUUAUUUUGUUAAUUUAUGGCUAUUUAAUGGUUCAAAGCACUCUUGGUCGGAUGAAGAGGGAAUGAUGAAAUCAGUCUCCUAGUUCUAUCAGACUGAGGAGGCGGCUGAAAUUGGUAGAUAGGAAACGUGCAGAUCAUUUAUUCCAUAUUUACGUUAUAAUACAAAAAGCUAAUUACCAAUAUGAAUGGCAAAUCCAGAAAGCCUUCAGAGUUAUAGGAAAGGGGCAAGCAUCCUCUGCUCCAUAAUUGUCCAUGAUACUUGCUUCCAGAGAGGAGAGAGAGGACACCCCACAGCGGUGUACUGUGCCAUUUUAUUUGCAGCUGUUCCUACAAGGAAUACCUGUUGAGUGGUUUGCAUGGAAGCGUGCCAGGGAGUUAUUUUUCCAAGAGUGGUCGGGUAGGCAAGAGAUACCUGAAUUAGAGGAACAAACAUCUAAUUCAUGGAGCUUAAGGCAACAUGUAAAUUUUCUGGUUUUAAAUGUUACCAGUUUUAAAGUAAAAAAGUGAUUCCCUAAGUUUAGAAAUUUGAUGGUUUCAAAACUUUCAUCAUUAACAAAGAGCUUUUCUUUGGGGAAGUGGAAUCAUCCGUUAAAGUGCUCCUGAGAAUAACUGCACUACACCCGCAAGAUAAUCAAACCAGCAUGUUCGUUCAUGGUAGCGUUCAAGUGUUUAAGAUUAUCCAGUGUUGAUUUCCUUCUUGAUGGAUUUAACAUUCUCAAUCUGCAAAACGCUGGCAGAGAAGCUUACCACAAUACCACAUGACUCAUUUUUGCAUCAAAUAUGUGCCAUCACUUUAUAAAUUCUCCACAUUUAUAAAGCUCUACAUAAUUCUGGGCCAUAAUCAGGAACCAUUGUGCAUAGUAUUUUUGUUUUGGGCAGUGAAUGGGUCUUAGACUUUCCUUUAUCUUAGAAUCACCCAAGGAAAUAAAAAACUAAGCAAAUCUCCACAUAAAUAUUGCCAGGGCCCCUUCUCAAUCAAUCCUAUCAAUCUCUGGGAUCAGGGCCCAGGCAAUCAAGUUUUAAGAGCUCCUGAAAUGACUUAGUAGGGCUGAGAAGCACUGGGUCAUGGAUUCUUACGCACAUUUACUAAAGACUGCACUGUUAGUCAUGAGAGCUGUUUGUCUUUCAAAGAGCUUCAACAAAUAUUUGCAGUAAAUUCACCCCAGCCCUUAAAUUGCAAUUCUAAAUUUAAAGAGGUUUUUAUUUUUUUCAAGGUGUAAAUUGUUGACUUACUGCUGCAGGGGGCCUUACCAAGCUGGACCCUAUGAACUGAUACUAUGCAUAUCAUGUAGGCACUGAGAGGUCAUGACUGUGGAAAAGGUCACUAUAACACUGGAUGCCAUAAUGCAGAGGCGGGCCAGGAAUGCGGUACACAUCAUCAGGCCUUUGCUGGGGGUGAAGCUCUCCAGCUCUCCAAGGGUCACAGAACCCAGCCCUAGUACAGGAGGAAACAAAAAUGGGUCAGCCUGAUGGUGACACCUAUGGCCUUGAGCUGUUUCUGAGCUGCCCUAGAAUGGAUCUGUGCAGGCAGCACUGGGAGCCCCGGGAGGCUGCUGCCAGCUGGAGCCCAAGGUUGGGAAUGAAAUCACUGUAUUUUCUGAUUCCUCUCCCCCCCGGUUUAUUGUGAAUCCACUUCUGUCAGGCUUUGGCCUUCUCCCAUUUUACCCUAACUGCUCUCUUGUCAAGAGAUAACUGGAUAUUUGCAUGUGACUAAGUACAAUGGUCAAGUUCCCAGUCCUUAAAUUACUGAUUAGCAGAUUUUUUUUUUUUUUAAUUAAACUUUUUGUUCUUGAGAUACUUUCUUUGGGAUUUGUACUGUCAAACAGAACUUUGGCGAUGGUGGAAUGUCCCCUACCUGUACCGUCCAUAUCCGGAGCCACUAGCUGUAUGAAACUGAGAUAUGGCUAGUGUAAGUGACCAACUGAAUUUUAAGUUCUAAUUAAAUAGCAACAUGUGAUUAGUAGCUACUACCAUGUACUAUCAGCUCAGUCCUAGACACUUCCCUGGUUUGCUUUCUUCCUCUCAGCUUUUCCUGUCUCCUUUCCCUGAGUGCUCCCACUCGGAUCACUGAAUGUCGGCACGCCCAACUCUCUUUUCCAUACUUAUUCCCUUGGUCAUCUCAUUCAGGCUCAAGGUGAAAUGCCCAAAUUUAUAUCACUAUGUUGCGGCAGUCCCUCCUGAGCUCCAGAUGUGGAUAUCCAACUUCCUACUUGAUAUUUACCAGGAUGUCAUCCCAGACACCUGGAAUUUAACCUGUCCAAAACCAAACUGAUCUCUGCAGCCACCAAAAUCAGCUCAAAUCCUCUACAAAUCACAAUGAAAGAAGUAACCAGGAAUCCUUUUAAAAUGCUAUUUUUCUC